AUGUUGAUCAUAUCUGGUAUAGUGUUUGGAUGGCCACCUCUCGAAGAUGAAAUGGAGAAACAAGGUGUAUUCAGAUAUCUCUGUGCACCAGGUCAAGAUACAUGCAAGAGUCAAGCACUGCGGCUUAACUUAGUGUACACAUUGGGCGCAUUCACUGCAACAGGCUCUGCAGUGGCCAGUGGUGCCAUCUUUGAUCGAUACGGUCCAGUAUGGACUAGCAUCACAGCCAUGAUAAUCAUGGUGCUGGGGUGUACUUGUUGGUACUUCACAGAGUCCAUUAAUCAGAAUAUGUAUAUUUUAUCAUUCGCAUUGCUUGGCAUUGGAGGUCCAGCUUGUCAAGUCAGUUUAAUCCAUAUAUCUAACUUAUUUCCAUCACUCACCUCGGCAAUAUCCACUGCCUUCUCUGGCAUGUUUGUCGGCUCAUCUUUUGUAUUCAAAGUGUUUAGCUACAUUGCCAACAACUACAAUGUUGGCAUCCCAGUACUUUUCCUAUACUACAUAAUAGUGUUGGUGAUCCUAUUCAUUCCAUCCAUUCUAAUGAUGCAUCACAAACCCUAUCUACCCAAGGCCGAACUCACUGGUUCAUCAUCACCAUCAAUAUCCCACAACAACGAUAACAACAAUGACAACAACAACGACAAUGACAAUGACAACAAUGAUGCUGCAUCACAAGUACUCAUCGAUGAUACAUCGAUCAAUCAUUGGACCAAAUUUAGACAGAUGGACCUUUUACAACAACUGCUGUCAUGGCCAUUCCUAGUGCUCGUCACAUUCAUGAGCAUCAACUCAUUGCACAUGGUAUAUUACAUUGGCGCUGUUAACGAUAUCUUCACGAAUGACCCUAUCUACGUGGGCGUGUUCACAUACGCUUGGAAUGGUGGCGUUGUCCUCGUGCCAUUUGUCGGCCUUCUCAUGCAACGAUCCACACUCACAAUGAACGCCUUCUACGUCAACUUGGCCGGAAUCAUCUUUGGAAUCUUCUCAAGCAUACCCGUUCUCCAAGUCCAAUACGUAGCAUUCUUCUUUAUCUCACUUCAGAAUGUAUACAUCUGGGGAUUCUUCUUCAUCUAUCUCUCCGAAGUAUUUGGUUAUGCCAACUAUGGUAAACUAAUGGGCAUCAGUUCAGUUGUAACUGCCAUUGUAGGAUUGUUAGAGUAUCUGUUGGUAUACUUGACAUUGAAUGUUAUGAAGUACUACUGGGUGAACAUGACAUUGACCAUACUCAAAGUGGGAUUGUUCUAUCUACCAUACCGCAUGCGUCAACAAACAAUGCAACGCAACAGCUACGAACCUAUCAAUUAUUCAGAUAACCAACCAGCUACCACUACUAUUGCUACUUCAUCAUCAACGUCAUCCAAGACAACUACUACUACUACUACCAUCAGCACCAAUUGA